UACACAAUUUUUAACCGGUUCCAACAUUUUGUAUUGUGUCAACAAAAUUUUCUUUCUAUUCAAUUUGUUAAUCAAUUAUCAUAGACGCUAUUAUUUUUCUACAAUGGAUGAAGAUGUGGAAUUUCGUGAUAUGAUUUUUAAAAAGCUUGAAGAAAACGGAUCUCUGUUAGACAUUAAGGCAAAAUUGCGUGCUCAUUUAUACGACGUAAUUGAAAAUGAUGGUAAACUAUCCGAAGAUAAUGACAACGAAAUCACCUACAACUGUGACAAGUCGGAAGUGGAUGAACAAACAGAUGAUUUGAAAGAACAGAAUACCGACAAUCGUACCUUAUCCUUGAGCUUAGUGCUGGAUUUGCUAGACUGUUUGAAUUUGGCCUAUAGUAAACGGGUACUAAUAGCGGAGUCUGGUAUUAAAAAUUCGUUCGCGAGAGAUCGGCUACGAAAAGAAAUCCUGCAGGAACAAACAGAGGAGAAAUGCGAAUAUAGUAAAGACAAGAGAGAAGCAAUUUUAUACGAAUUUUUGGACCAACAUCGAGCUCGGUCUCCAUGUGCCAGUAAACUAGUAGAACCUAUUAUCGAAGACAAUGCGACAAUCUAA